AUGCAGAUGGAGACUGAAGCACACAAGGCCUCCAGGAAAACACUGUUGUACCUGACAGAAAUCAGAGAGGUUCAAGAAAAAGUCUUGACAAGGUGCAGAUACAGAAUUCUCAAAAUUCUUAUUGCGGUCCUCAUCAUCAUCAUUAUUGCUCUCCUUUGUGGAUUUGUGGUUUUCUUUUAUAACCAGAAUACAAAGGAAAACGAAUUUAAUCGGACAACUGUAGAUACUAAUAUUACGAGACUACGUCAGGAGCUCUGUGUGUCCAACACUGACAGUGCCUCAGGUUGUCUUCUGUGUCCUAAUAGUUGGAUUCUACAUGGAGACGACUGUUAUUACUACUCAGAUGUAACAUACAGAACAUGGAACCAGAGCCGGGAUCAGUGUGAGAAGAUGGGAGCUGAUCUACUGGUCAUAAAGGACCAGGAACAGAAGGAGUUUAUACAGAUAAAUCUGAGGGAUUGGAGAGAGGAAAUAUACUGGAUAGGACUUCACCAUGAUGGAGACGGCUGGAGAUGGGUGGAUGGAGAACAUUAUAACAGCAGCUUGAUCCAGAUAAAGACACAAUCAGGAGGCUGUGUAUCAAUGACUAGAUCUGAUUAUCUUCAGGAGGACUGCAGAUCUACAUACAGAUGGAUCUGUCUAAAGAAAGCCGUGAGGAUCUGA